GUGUAUUUAUCUUUUUUUCCCUUUUUUUGGUUUUGUUGCAUUUUUUUGCACUCUCACAGGAGGCGUUUUGCUGAUGUCUUUCUCACGCGAAUACAUUUGAGAUCAGAGGCGAAAAACAAAUAUUCCGCUUUUAUUCCUAAACGAACAUCAUGCCUACACGCGUGUGUGCUUUACCGGAGAAUGGAAGCGUAUGACGGAAUUACUAUAUUCUCACACUUUUCCCGAUACCCAGCUCAACUAAAUAGAGUCGCCUACCGAUUGGGUUAAUUGGAUUUUAUCAUAACAUCCACCUACUCAUCACAAAAUAAUAGCAAACUCGUGUUGUUAGAUCGCACGGCAAGGGCUACAUCUCUCUGUAAUGGUAAAAAGGCACUCGCGGUUUUGGUCAGUGAAAUUUAAAGAGAAUUUUAUUCCGCCGUGCACAAAUUAUCAGUCAGAAACUGAGCAACUUCAGCGUUUUCUAUAGGAUGUCGCGCCGCAAGCAAGCUAAACCAAGAUCACUGAAAGUAGAAGACAAUGUGACAGAGGACCAGCACAGUCCCGGGCAGACUGCCAUUCCGAGCGAUCCAGAGUGCGCCCUCGAGAGGGCGGCGGAGGAUGGUGAGGCCGGGCGUCUGAGGAAGAGGCUGCUCUCUCCAGAGGAAGGGGAGGAGGGAGAGGAGGAGGACGAGGAGCCUGCGCUGCACAGCUGCGACAGCUGCCGGCAGGUGUUCGAGUCGCUGAGCGAUCUCACCGAACACAAGAUUAAUCAAUGCCAGCUGACAGAUGGUGCUGAUAUUGAGGAUGACCCUUCAUGUUCUUGGCCUGCAUCAUCUCCGUCCAGUAAGGAUCAGACUUCUCCAGGACACUGCGAGGACUAUGAUUUUGGCGAGGAGGAAGGGGGUCCUGGACUGCCAUACCCAUGCCAGUUCUGUGACAAGUCCUUCAGUCGCCUAAGCUUCCUCAAGCGCCACGAGCAAAGCCACGGUGAUAAACUCCCUUUUAGCUGUACUUUCUGCAGCCGCCUGUUCAAGCACAAGCGCAGCCGAGAUCGGCACGUGAAGCUACACACCGGUGACAAGAAGUACCACUGUGGAGAGUGUGACUCUGCCUUCUCCCGCAGUGACCACCUCAAGAUCCACAUGAAAACCCACGCCUCCAACAAACCCCACAAGUGCCCUGUGUGCCGCCGAGGCUUCCUCUCCUCCAGCUCUCUCCACGGCCACAUGCAAGUUCAUGAAAGGGGCAAAGACGGUGGCAGCUCAGGCCUUUCCAGAGCUGAUGAAUGGAAGUUGAAAGAAACACGCAAAUGCAGCCGUUGUGAAGAGGGCUUUGAUGUCCCAGAGGAGCUCCAGAGGCACAUUUCUGAGUGUCACCCUGAGUGCUCUCCGUCGGAGGAUGGUGGCCUGGGUGCCACCCUGCAGUGCAUCUACUGCCAUGAACCCUUCAGCGAUGAAGGCACCCUACUGACACACAUCGACCAGGCUCACAGCCGUGACAGGAAGGGCCAUACCUGCGCUAUCUGUUCUGAGCACUUCAUGUCUGUUGAAGACCUCUAUGCUCACAUGGACAUCCACCAGCUCCCAGAAUCUAGUAACCAUAGUAACAGCCCCUCCCUGCUGACAGUGGGCUAUACCUCCGUCUCUAGUACCACUCCUGAUUCCAAUCUCUCUGUUGACAGUUCCACCAUGGUGGAGACAGCCCCUCCUGUGCCCAAGACAAGAGGGAGGAGGAAGAGGGCUGCACAGCACACAUCUGACAUGGGAGGACGUUCCUCCAAACAGCCUAAGAUUUCCUAUAGUUGCAUCUACUGCAACAAGCAGGUGUUCUCCAGCUUGGCUGUGCUUCAGAUUCAUCUGCGAACCAUGCACCUAGAUAAACCAGAGCAGGCUCAUACUUGCCAGUUUUGUUUGGAGGUUCUGCCUUCUUUAUUCAAUCUAAAUGAACACCUGAAGCAGGUACACAAUGCAGAAGACCAUGCUGCUCUGCUAGCCAGCUUGCCUGAUGCCCUGCUUCAAUGUAACUUCUGCCCUGAGGUAUUGAGUGACCUCAAUGCCCUUCAGGAACACAUCCGCUGCUCCCAUGGCUUCCCCAGUCCUGUAGCCAAGGAGAGCAAUGCCUUCUUCUGUCCCCAGUGCUUCAUGGGGUUCUUGACAGAGGCCACCUUGGAGGAGCAUGUACGUCAGACUCACUGUGAUGGGGGAAGUCUGCGCUUUGACUCCCCCUUGGCUGUAACUCCCAAGGAGCCUAUUGUAGAGGUAUACUCCUGUUCCUACUGCACCAAUUCUCCCAUAUUCAACAGUGUUCUGAAGCUCAACAAGCACAUCAAGGAGAAUCACAAGAACAUUCCGCUGGCAUUGAACUACAUCAAUAAUGGAAAGAAAUCUUUGCGCACUCUCAGCCCCUCUUCUCCAAUAUCUGUGGAACAAGCUACCUUGUUGAAGCAAGGUAGCUCAGCCCCUCGCACAACCAGUGAGUUCAUCUGUAAUCAGUGUGGGGCAAAGUAUACCAGCCUGGACCUUUUCCAGACACAUCUAAAAACUCAUCUGGAUGGCCUGCAGCCUCAACUCACCUGUCCCCAGUGCAACAAAGAGUUCCCCAACCAAGAGUCCCUACUGAAACAUGUGACAGUUCACUUCACUAUUACCUCCACUUACUACAUCUGCGAGAGCUGUGACAAGCAGUUCACCUCAGUGGAUGACCUACAGAAGCACCUACUUGACAUGCAUACCUUUGUGUUUUUCCGUUGCACACUGUGCCAAGAAGUGUUUGACUCCAAGGUGUCCACCCAGCUCCACCUGGCUGUGAAGCACAGCAAUGAGAAGAAGGUGUACCGGUGCACCUCAUGCAACUGGGACUUUAGGCAUGAGACAGACCUGCAGCUGCAUGUCAAACACAGCCAUCUGGAAAACCAGGGUCGUGCCCACCGCUGCAUUUUCUGUGGGGAGUCCUUUGGAACAGAGGUGGAGUUGCAGUGCCACAUCACCACCCACAGCAAGAAGUAUAACUGCCGCUUCUGCAGCAAGGCCUUCCAUGCCAUUGUCCUAUUGGAGAAGCAUUUGAGGGAGAAGCACUGUGUGUUUGAGGGCAAGGCCCAGAACUGUGGGGCCAAUGGCUCCACUGCAGGAGGAGGGGAAGGCCAGCCUAAGGAAGAUGUUGAGCUGCAGGGCAUUUUGACCAACAGCCAUGGUACAGGGACAGCAGUAGGAUCUGUGGUGGAGUCCCAGAACAGCCAUGAUGGAAGUGAGGAGGAGGUGGACACUGCAGAGCCCAUGUACGGGUGUGACAUCUGUGGGGCAUCUUACACCAUGGAGUCACUCCUCACCAACCACCAGUUGAGGGACCACAAUAUCCGCCCUGGUGAGAGUGCCAUGAUAAAGAGGAAAGCAGAAAUGAUCAAGGGCAACCACAAGUGUAAUGUCUGCUCCCGCACCUUCUUCUCUGAGGCUGGGCUGAGGGAGCAUAUGCAGACCCACCUUGGGCCUGUCAAACACUACAUGUGUCCCAUCUGUGGGGAGCGUUUCCCAUCCCUACUCACCCUGACUGAGCACAAGGUCACUCAUAGCAAGAGUCUGGACACUGGCAGCUGCCGCAUUUGUAAGAUGCCUCUACAUAGCGAGGAGGACUUCUUGGAGCAUUGCCAGAUGCACCCUGACCUGAGGAACUCCCUGACAGGUUUCCGCUGUGUCGUCUGUAUGCAGACAGUGACCUCCACAUUGGAGCUCAAGAUCCAUGGUACCUUCCACAUGCAGAAGACAGGCACUAUGUCUACCAACCACCCUAUAGGCCGCAGUAAUGUCAUCUCUCAGAACCAGCAGCAACAACAGAUGCAAAAACUCUUCAAGUGCGCCUCCUGCCUGAAGGAUUUCCGCUCCAAACAGGACCUGGUGAAGCUGGACAUCAACGGACUGCCAUAUGGCCUCUGUGCAACCUGUGUGACAGCAGCUGGUUCUAAGAGCUCCAGCCCAACUGUGAAUGGUGGAAGGCAACAGCAGCAGCACCAAGGCAGACCUACCACUCCAGCAACAACUACAGCUGCAUGGGCACAAGGGGAGAGUCUCAGCCCUGGGGAGGGAAAAGGCAAAGCUGCCUCUUCAUCAUCUUCAUCAUCCUCCACAUCUUCAUCAUCCGCUGCCAAGACACGAUGCACAAGCUGCAAUGUGAAGUUUGAGUCUGAAGCAGAAUUGCAAAACCAUGUCCAGACAGUGCAUCGGGAACAGACUGGGGACAGCAACAGUGGGCAGCUCAGGACGCCCCAGGUGUCCCCCAUGCCUAGAGCCAGUCCCUCACAAACCGAAGAGAAGAAGACUUACCAGUGCAUCAAAUGUCAGAUGGUGUUCUACAGUGAAUGGGACAUCCAAGUUCACGUGGCCAACCACAUGCUGGAGGAAGGACUGAACCAUGAAUGCAAGCUCUGCAGUCAGUCAUUCGACUCACCGGCAAAGCUUCAAUGCCACCUGAUUGAGCACAGCUUUGAGGGCAUGGGUGGAACCUUCAAGUGUCCGGUCUGCUUCACAGUGUUUGUCCAGGCCAGCAAGCUCCAGCAGCACAUCUUCUCUGCCCAUGGCCAGGAGGAUAAGAUCUACGACUGCUCACAGUGCCCUCAGAAGUUCUUCUUCCAGACAGAGUUACAGAACCACACGUUGACUCAGCACAGCAGCUAACAUGGCAAAGAUCAGCGCCGUGGCCAAGAACAAGGAUCACAUGGCGCAGAGAAUAAUGUCUGACCGCCAAUUACCGUCAGUGCAGUUUCCCACUGACUCUCUUGCACUGAACUUUUGCUUCAGUUACACCACAAGGAACCAUGCCACAACAAGAAAAAAAGAAAAGAAAAGAAAAGAAAAGAAAAAAAGAAAAGAAAAGAAAAAGAAAGAAAGAGGGUGGAAAAGAGAACAGAAAAGAACCCUCUCUUAGUUCUUUACUAACCAUAAUUUCAAGAUAAAGAAAAAGCCAACUUGUACAUAGAAUUCUUCAUGUGUUGCUUAACUACAGCUAUAUUGCAAUCUUAUACAGUAUUUGCCAAUGUACAGUUCAAAAUGUUUGUCCAAAAAAAAGGAAGGAAAAAAAAAAUGAUCAAUGCCAUUGUCAAUCAGACCAGAUGGGACUACACCGGUUGUGUGAAGGAGAAACAGGGGGCCACUGAGAGUGUAGGAAGCUGUAGGAACCGGCCAGUGUUGUCAGGAGGACUCUUUUCAUCAGCGCCACUCCUACUGUGCAGUAUGUCACUCUGUAUCCUGACCUGGUCAAUCAUUAUGGGGUAGAAAAACCUUGAUUCACCAGCAUAGGCUGAGAUCAUGACUGUGUGUCCAUCGUAACAAUGCUGCCAGAGGACCAGCUGAGAACGGUGGUGCGGCUAAUCUGCACUGCCUGUGCGUGGAGUUCAGUUGAGGGGGGGGAAAAAACAACACAGAUAACAGAAAAACAGGACAGGAUUCUGAUAUAUGCAAACGCAGUGACACAGAUUUGGAAAAGGCUAGCUCCUCUGGUUGGCUCGUGAACAGAGGCGUGAAGCUCCCGUGUGGCUCUCAGAGCAUGGGGAAAUCUCCAGCCCACUGACUCAACCUGUACAUUUCUGUUGUUAAUGUUUACUGCUCGUUGAAGCCUGGAGAUUACUGGAAUUUGUUUUUUUUUUCUGUUUUAUCUCUUUAUAUAUAUAAAUAUAUAUAUAAAUAAAUAUGAUAUUUUUUUUGCAAUGGGGAGUAAAUCCAUUUGGAUUUGGGGUCGUGAAGACUGAACAUGAAUUCAGUCUCUCUCGGGGAUAUAGUUAUAAAACUCAGUCCCUGGCUCUCCUGGAGAGUGCCCAAGUACUCCUCUCUUGUUUCUCUGCGGUGUCCCAUUGCUCUGCUCAAGCUGGAAGCCAUUGUGGCAUCAUACAAAACUUUAAAUCAUUCUGUUAUGUAAAUGUUUUGCAUUCAUUGAACCUGAGAUGCACUUUUGUAUGAAACUUUAAUGUUUUGACAUUUUGAUUGAGAAUUGUUCGUACUCAGUUUACAGGAAACCACCAUCUCCUGCAGCAAAAGGACAGUUAUCUCUGAUGUUAUUAAAAUGUAUUGUACAAAUAUGGAGUUCUGUAUUUGGCAGACCUCAUUUUUUGUGUUGCACAUGUGAUGGAAAUAUUAAAAACUGUAUGAAGAAA